AUGAUCACCAAGUACUUCCAGAAAGUGGUUGUUCGCUUCGACCCGCUCGGGCCCGGCAGCAAAACGGCGCGUUUGUUUCUUGCGCUGAUUCCCUCGCUGUUGAAGACGUCGUGUGCUGUGUCGUUCCAGACGCUUUCACACUCGCAGCAACAGCCGCUGGUGCAGAUCACCUUCAAGGACAAGUUUGUGCUUGAACACGACCCCUCCCACUUCAAGUUCCCAGAGCUCGCUGCGUUGUUCGACCACCACUCCCGGCAGUUGAAGAUCAAGGAGUCCAUCCAAGGCUAG